AUGGGACGAGAAGAGCAGCAAGAGGAGCGCGAGGUGCUUGACUCGAUCUUUCCAGACGAAAUCCAAGACAUCUCCGAUACCGAAUACCGCAUAACGAUUGUGGUGGAAGCCCCCAAAGAUUUCGGCGAGGAAACUGAAGAUCCGGUCAUCAUCCUCAACGUACGAUACCCAGAGGCAUAUCCGGACGAGGCACCAUUCCUCGAUAUCACACAGCCGCCCAAUGCAUCCAAACAUGAGCAUCUCGACAUUCAAGAAGACAAGGCACGAUUACUGGAGGCGCUUCAGCCAACGAUAGAGGAGAGUCUAGGCAUGGCUAUGGUGUUUGCGUUGGUCAGCACACUAAAGGACGCCGCGGAGCUGCUCAUAAGCGAAAGGAAGCAGGCUAUAGAAGCAGAGAAAGAAGCUGAGGCACAGAAAGCGGAGGAGGAAGAGAACAGGAAAUUUGAGGGCACAAGAGUCACGAGAGAGACCUUUUUGGCGUGGCGGGACAAGUUCAUGAAGGAGAUGGAAGAAGAGGCAGCGAGGAGACAAGCCGAGCAAGAGGCUGAAGACAAGAAGAAGCGAGGCGGGAAGACGGAGGAAAAGAAGCUGUCUGGAAAGCAGCUUUGGGAGCAAGGUCUGGCUGGUAAGGCUGCUGAUGAUGAGGAGGAGGGAGAGGAUGCUGUGGAGAGUCUGAAGCAGCUGAAGGUGGAGGAAUGA